UCCAAUGGUGUCUGUGUGAGCACGCCCACAUCAGGCCAUGACAAUGGCCGCUGCCAAUGUCCCAGUCCCUGGGGAGGUCUCAUCUCUCACUGCAAUGCACUCCGAGCCUACCAGCUAUACUCAGAGAAGUACCUUGCUGAGUUCACUCCCCAGCUGUAGGAACCAGCCUGUCUUCUAAGAGCUGCUCCUCCUCGGGCUCUCAGAGCAGUUUUCCAUGCUACUGUGGGCGUCCUUGCUGGUUCUCGCUCCAGUCGGUGGACCAGUUGCAACUGCACCCAAACCCACGAUUUCCCUCAAUCCUCCAUGGACCACCUUCUUCAGAGGACAGAAGGUGAAUCUGACUUGCAAUGGAUUUCUCCUCAAGGCACCAGGGAAAAUAGAAUGGUACUGGCGGUACUCUGGAAGAGAAAUACGAAUGGAAACCCCAGGCAACACACUUCGGGUCCGUUUUUCUGGAGACUACAAAUGCCAGGCCCAAGGCUCACUGCCAAGUGACCCUGUGCGCUUGCUCUUUUCUUCAGACCUCCUCAUCCUUCAGGCCCCACAUUCUGUGUUUGAAGGUGACGCGUUGGUUCUGAGAUGCCAGAGAAAGGGGAAAGAGAAACUGAUUGCUGUGAAAUACACUUACAAAGGAAAAGUUAUCUCUAAUUCUAAUAAAACCUUGGAUCUUUUGAUACCACAAGCAAGUUCAAAUAACAGUGGCUAUUACCAAUGCAUUGGAUCUAUGGACAAAAAUUAUAUACUUAGAUCAAGUUACAAACUUAUUAAAAUUCAAGAACUAUUUCCACGUCCAAAGCUGCAAGUCACAGCCUCCCAGCCAACAGAGGGAAAUUCUGUGAACUUGAGCUGUGAAACACAGCUUCCUCUAGAGCGGUCCGACACUCGGCUUCACUACGUCUUCUUCAGAGAUAACGGGGUCGUCCUGUCAGACUGGAGCACAUCCCCAGAACUCCAGAUCACAACCAUCUGGAAAGAAGACUCAGGAUCAUACUGGUGUGGUGCUGAAACAGUGACCCGCAGCGUCCGCAAACAAAGUCUCCCGCUACAGAUCCGCGUGCAGAGAAUCCCCGUGUCUGGAGUGCUUUUGGAGACCCAGCCCCAGGAGAGGCAGGUGGUUGAAGGGGAGACGCUGGUCCUUGUCUGCUCCGUGGCUGAAGGCACAGGGGACACCAUGUUCUCCUGGCACAGAGAAGACACAAAGCAGAGUCUGGGGAGGAAAAGUCAGCGUUCUCAGAAGGCAGAGCUGGAGAUAUCUGUUAUCAGGGAGAGCCAUGCCGGGGAAUACUACUGUACAGCUGACAAUGGCUAUGGCCUCAUCCAGAGUGAGGUAGUGAACAUCACUGUGAGAAGUGCUCCGGGUUAUAGAACUGGCCUUAUUGCUGCGGGAGCCACUGGGGUGUCGCUCAGCAUUCUUCUCCUGGCUGUGGCCCUGAUGUUUUACUGCUGGCACCAGAGGAAAUCAGAGACUUCCUCGAGUCCAAGCCGGAACCCACUAUCUUCUGUUUCAAUGGCCCAGCUCUCCACAGGAGGUGGUUUUCUGAGAGACACAACCAGGAGUCCUCCCACCCCAGGCUCAAGAGGGCCCUUCCAUCCCACAUGCCCUGCCCCAGUGGAGCUGCAGCCAUUGUAUGACAAUGCGCACCCCAAAGAGGGAGACUUGGUAUAUUCUGAGAUCCAGUUUAUUCAGCUGGGAGAAGAAAGGGAAGCCAAGACCUCCAGAACAUCUUUAGAGGACAAGCAUGCCUCCGUUGUCUACUCGGAGGUGAAGACACGGCAAGGUGAUUCAACUGGAAAGGUCCGCUCUAAUGAUGAAGAUGCCGUGGAAAGUUGCAACAACGUCCUACUCAUGUGGCUUGUCCCUAAUCCAAAGCCUGUAGCUCAGUGCAGCCCUCAAGGUCUCUGGAGUUACCAGCUGGUUCCAACUUCCCAGUUCUUCUUGCCCAUGUGCACUGACUCCUGAUUCAUCUACUCUGAAGUGUUGAUGGGAUAGCUCCUGAAAGACUUCUCUAAAAUAACCAGGAUCCAUAGUUAGCUAUGGAAGACCCUGUGUACCUGCUCUGAGCCUAGCCUAAUGUGUUCCCAAGGGUCUGAUUUAGGGAAAAGGAAUAAGGAGGGAGAAGGACUGAUGUUGAAAAACAGAAGUGUCAACUUUGGUGAAUUGGGAUUUGCACAUAGAAUAGAGUGAGUGACUCAGGUCUCUGUUUAAUACAUCUACAAUAAUUCUUCCACUGGGGAAUCAAUUGGUUUCACUAUGAGUGGCUGCACAGGUACUUUGCAGACCGUGCAUAGCCCCUUCCCUCCUGCUUACACUGUUUAUACUGUCAGGAUUCAGUUGUAGAUGCAAGAACCCACUCCAAAUGGUUUACAGAGAAAGAAAUUUAAAAGAGGAUAUUAUAUACUUUGCAAAAUCGUCAGAAGAGUUGGAGAGGCAGGCUGUAGGCUGAGCUUCCAAAAGCAAAAACUAAUUAUGUUAAUAUUAUUAGAGACAAAGAUUUUUAACAUUAGAGAAAAGAAACACAAAUAUAAAAUUAAGAAGUUAAGUAACAACCCUCCAAACCCAAAUUUGAAUUGGAAGUAUCUGUUUAAACUGAUGACAAACUCUGCCUUUUUAAAAAAGAUAUUUAUUUCCUAGGUCUGUCCACUGAAAAGACUCAGAAAUAAUUACCAACCCAGUAACACUGAACAUCAAUUGCACAUGUUGUAGUCUCUAAAUACUGUUCCCUACUCAAAGGAUAUAGAGCCACCUUUCUUGUAGGAACUCUAUCUUUGAGUUACCAAAUAGUUGAUGUGAGAAUAAUUCUUCCAGUAAAUAAAGAAGGAAUGAAAGAAAUAGAAAACCA